CCCGAGUCCUUUUUUAUUUUCGAGAGACUGUUCUCAUUGAUUUUUGACUUUGUUCUUGUGGGGUUGCUUUGUUGUGUCCGUGGUGUUUGUUAUAAAAGAUAAAAAUCGAUGGAGGGGAAGAAGAUUCUCGUGGUUGGUGCGGGACCUGUAGGAUCUCUCGCUGCACUGUAUGCUUCCAGACGAGGUGCCGACGUUGAGAUUUAUGAACUCAGAGAUGAUCUACGGAAUACGGACACCACUCCACUCAAUUUCACAAGGUCCAUCAACCUCGCCCUUUCAGAACGAGGCAUCAAUGGACUUCGAUCAGCUGGCAACCCCGGACUCCUGGAGACCGUCCUGUCACAGACCAUCCCGAUGCACGGUCGGAUGAUCCAUACUCGUUCUCCUACAGGGGCCCUGUCGGAGCAGUCUCAGCCGUACGACGUCCACGGUCGUUUUCAGCGUUCCGUCGACCGCGGCGCUCUCAAUCGAGUCCUUCUCGAUGAACUCGAGUCCCUGCCCAACGUCAAACUCUUCUUCCGGCACAAGAUGACGGGGGCCGACUUUCGUAGGAAGAAAGCCUGGUUCGAAGUCUCCUCCUCCUCCGACCGAAGCAACAGCGGCGGCGGCAGCAGCAGCAGCAGCCCUUCGGAUGCCCGACCGAAAGAAGUCGAAGUGGAUUUCGAUCUCAUGAUCGGCGCGGACGGUGCGCAUUCGGCCACUCGAUAUCACAUGAUGAAGUUCGCGCGGACGGACUACCUCCAGGAGUACAUCGACUGCCUGUGGUGCGAGUUCACCAUGCCGCCGACCGAGCCUGGCGGCGACUUUGCCAUCUCGCCGCACCACCUACACAUCUGGCCGGCGGGGGAUUUCAUGUUCAUCGCACUCCCCAACCUCGACAGGUCAUUCGUGUGCACCUUUUUCGGGCCCGUCGACCUCUUUUCCAGGCUCGAGAAGGGACCGGACUCGGCGCUUCUCGAGGUGUUUGACAGAUACUUCCCCGGUGUCACCGACCACAUUCGGCCCGACGACCUGACGUCGCAGUUCAAGAGAAACCCGCACCUGCCUCUGAUCAACAUCAAGUGCUCCCCCCACCAUUUCGGCGACAGCGUGGUCAUCGUCGGCGACGCGGCCCACGCCAUGGUCCCGUUCUACGGCCAGGGCAUGAACGCGGGCAUGGAGUCGGUCCGGGUGCUGUUCUCGAAGCUGGACCAGUCCCCGGACGACGCCGCCGGGGCGCUCGCCAAGUACACCGCCGAACGCACGGAGGACGCCCACACCGUCGCCGACCUCGCCCUCGGCAACUACCAAGAGAUGCGGCAUUCGGUCACGUCGCCCUUGUACAAGUUGCGCAAGUCCGUCGAAGAGACCCUGGACAAGUACCUGCCCGGGCUGGGCUGGGCGACCCAAUAUUCCCGCGUCAGUUUCAGCAACAUGAGGUACAGUCAAGUGGUGCAGCAUUCGAGGAACCAGAAACGGAUCCUCAGCGCCGUCUUUUUGGUUUUUGCCGCACUCGCGGCUUCGGGGCCUGCUGCUGCUAUCUACAUGUAUGCUAUGCGCUCGAGGCUUACGAAGCACAUCAACCUCUCGUGGCUACGAAGGUGAAGAAGGGCACGAUGAUCUUGUUUCACGUCGAAUUAUGUGGGGGAGGGUUUUGUACAAAGAUACCUUAGAUGUUGUAACACAGUACUCAGUAAUAGAUCAAAUCGAAUCACGCUAUGCGUUUUAUGUCUCA